AUGGAACUUCACACGCCCGAUGGGCAAAUCAGAUGGUCCGUGUUUUUGGCGGAAUGGGAUGCACUGAAUGUCAGUCUGAGCAAUGGAACCGAGGUUGCGGCCAGCUCCAUGGACAUUGGGGUGCUGAGGGAUUACUGUAGCCAAGACGACGUUCAGCGAUUUGCUCAACUACUGACGGAAUUUGCUCAUCAUCAGCCGCAGACUGAAGAAAUGUAAGCAGUUUUAGUUUUUUGUUCAAUACUAUUAAUGACUACGCUAUUUGGAUCGUAUUUUAGCCGAAAAUUUAAAGAUUCCCAAAAAAAUCAAUAGUGACAUUUCGUCAAAUUUUAAUUUUUUGUCACCAAUUUGUAUUUGUUUUGGGCUUAUUAGACUAAAAAGGCCUCUGGAUUUGUAAGGAAAUUUGUUUUGCCUAGCCCUGUCGACUGCAGACAAUAUUGUCCGCAGACGGUAUCUUACACUUGACAAACAACAAAAUAUUUGUCGGUUUUGGGUAAUACAGCUUCAGAAAGGUCGUUUUAAAGUCACUCGUACCACUCUCUAGCAAUUGUAUGCGUUUUCCAUCAAUUUUGGAGAAAAUCAGGUUUUCGUGGUGGGACCCAAAAUUUUGAAAAACCUCAUGAAUAUACGGAUUUUUUGAUGAAUUUUUGCCGAAGAAGGGCCAGAAAUGUCUUUUCAUUGUAAAAUACGAGAGUGCCUGAUGGUGAUUUAUAAAUAUUACCUCAUUUCUCUCUAAAAACACAUAAAAUAGUAUAAUUUUAGUCCAAUUUCGAUUUCGAACCUCGUAAUUGGCCUGCUAUUUGUCACCGUGGGACUCUGUGGAUUGUUGGGCAAUCUGAUAACGGCCUUGGUCAUUUAUCUCACUCCGUCGCUACACUCUACGACCAAUUAUUUGUUGGCGAAUCUGGCCAUCUCGGAUUUUUUAUUGAUUUGUGUUGGAGUGCCGUACGAUUUGUACUAUCUGAUGUUUUCGAGUAAUUCCGUCAUGUUCGAGGGCUAUUGUCAAUUGACAAGUGAGUUUUGAAAGUUUUAUGCAAAUUUUUUGAUUUUUGAGAAUUUGAAUAUUCAAAUUUUUUUGUUGAAAUUUUAAAAAAUUGAGCUUGUAUAAUGAUUUAUUAGGCCCUAAGGAAAGCUGAAAAAAAUUUUAUGCAAAUUUUUUAAUCUUUGAAAAUUUGAAUAUUCAAAUUUUUUUGUGAAAAUUUUGAAAAUUUGAACUAGCACAAUGAUGUAUUAGGCCCUAAGCGUAAUUGAGAAAAAAAUUUUGAAUUUUUUCGUAUUUUAGGCACUACAAUCAGCUGGUUUACCUUCUCCUCCAUUCUGACGAUUAUGGCGAUAAGUUUCGAAAGAUUGAUUGGAAUUUGCUAUCCGUUGAAUGUAAAAAUCUAUUUCCACCCGCUACUCACCGUUUACUUGAUAUUGGCAGUCUGGUUUGUCGCGUUUUUGCCAUCAAUCUUCAUCGGACUUCAGGUGGGUCAAGUGUAAUAUAAUUUUUUUGGUCGUAAACGCGAUUUUUUAUCAUAAAUCUCUUUGCUAAAGUUUCUAAUACAUCUACAGGUUUAUACGACGUAUAUUACAAAAAAAAUUUCAGUUCAAACCGGUGGUUUCCGACUUUUGCGGGAAUAAAAUGCAGAUUGACGAGCUGGCCGGACAGUGCGAUUACGUUGGAUGGAGCUGGCUGAAAACUGAUUAUAUCUUCGAAGUAAGUGCUAGUUUUGCUUUUUUUGAAUUUUAAAAUACGGUCUUGACUAGUGUUUGAAUAAUUUUAAAAUCCAUUUUUCGCACAGUGCGGUCCAAAAAAUUAAUUUCAUUUUUCUACUGCACUGUGCAAAGUAUAUAAUACAAAAAUUUGAUUACUGAAUUUUAAGCGGUGUAUCAUAUCGUAUUUUACAAAAGUUUUUUUUAUUGCACUGUGCAUUCCUACUAUUUUAUCAAAAUUAAAAUCUUGACUGCACUGUGCAGUCGAAUAAUUUUUCUUUUUUUUCGCACCGUGCAAUCAAAAACUUCUGUCACGGUUGGUUCCUUAUUGCACUGUGCGGGAAAAGACGCGGAUUUAUUUGCCUGCACUGUGCAAUCGAAUGCCGUUCUUGUCGCUUUUUCAUCUUUUGCACAGUGCAGAGACUUUCUCCUUUCGUUCCGUUUUUUCGCACCGUGCAAUAAAAUAUCUUUGUCGCAGUUGGUUCUCAUUGCACUGUGCGGGGAAAAAUGAACUUCAUUUCAAUGCACAGUGCAGUUGAAUCUCAAAUCUUGUCGCUUUUUUGGCUUUUGCACAGUGCAGAGACUUUUUUCUUUUGUUUUGUUUUUUCGCACAGUGCAAAUUAUUUUUCUCCCAAUUGCACUGUGCAUUCGUUAAUUUUUGAUUCAAAAGCCGGUCUUUAAUCGUAAAACAGAUAAAAAACGACAAAAAUCUUUGACUAUGCACCAUUUCCCAUAGUCUAGACGCCAUUAUCUGAGGACCUUCCGUAAUCUUUCAUGAAAUAAAACAAAUUACCGCAGGCAAGUACGUGCAUCACAUAAACAGAAGGCUAUUUACAGUAGUGUUCUACGCGCUAAAAACGACCUUUUCCCGAGCGACCAAAUCCACAGUUUCCUUGAGAUUAAUCUUUGAGAACUCGGCCCUAAUCCCAACGAAAACUUGAUUGUCUACACAUCAAAGUGCAGUAGAGUAGAAGGUACUAUACUAUACUUUGGUGUUGUUUGCUCUUUAUGGUUGUCAUGUCUUUUUGUUUUUUGGGGAAAAUUUUGGAAAACUUUUAUUUUUGGACUUUUCGAAAUUUUUUGCGGAGUAGGCAUCGCGUAUUUUAUAAUUUUUUAUCGAGAUUUCAAAGUCCACUUUUUUUACCGAGGUGCGAAAAAAAUUUUUUAUUUUUUUCCUGCCGCACUGUGCAAAAAAAAUUUUUUUUUGUUUUUUUUGGUUUGCACUGUGCAACAAGAUUUCUGCUUUUACUGCACUGUGCAAGAAAAAAACUUUUUCGCACUGUGCAGCCAAGGAAACCAAACUUUUUGCGUGCACUGUGCCAAAGAAAAGUAAAACGCUUUCUUCGCACAGUGCAAAAAAAGAAGAAAUUUUGCUUGCACAGUGCAAAAAAAGCAUUUUUCCUGCCGCACUGUGCAAAAAAGCAAACGAAAGUUUUUUCGUUUGCACUGUGCAGCCAAAGAAAGUAAAAGUUUCCCAUGCACUGUGCCAAAAAAUAAAAUACUUUUGUUUUUUACCGCACUGUGCAAAAAUUUUUUUUUUCGUUUGCACUGUGCAGUCAAACAAAAUAAAAGUUUUCGGUGCACUGUGCCAAAAAAUAAAAUACUUUUGUUUUUUACCGCACUGUGCAAAAAAAAGUUUUUUGGUUUGCACUGUGCAACUAAACGAACCAAACAUUUUUCGUGCACUGUGCAAUAAAAAGUCAUCCUUUUUACUGCACUGUGCGAGAGAAAAAAUCCUUUUUCGCACUGUGCAAAAAACUUUUUUUUGGUUUGCACUGUGCAACCAAAGGAAACCAAUCUUUUUCGCGCACUGUGCAAAAAAAAAAAAUAAAAAAAUAAAAUGCUUCUUUUGCACUGUGCAAAAAAAAAAUACUUUUUCAUUUUUGAUUUAAUCUUUUUUUUUAAUCAAUUUUUUAUUUUUAGCUUAUGAUGAUCCUCACAUUCGUCCUGCCAGUUCUGUUCAUCUUCUUUUGCUACGUAAAGAUUCUCAAAACCUUGAAUGCGGUCAACACAAUGAGCCGGGAUACCUCCAUUCAUAAAUCUUCGAUUUCGUCGAGACGAGAGAGUGAUCAGAAUGCCACACACAGCGGGAAAUUGCCUAAUCACGUGAGUUUCUCAUGCAUUUUUUGAAUUUUUUGACACUUGAAACAGAAUGCCAAACUUGGCGGAAAAUAAACAAUACAAAAGAGAUGAAGCCGUAUUUUACAAAAAUUGAAGUUCGAAAAUAAAUUUGUCCUUAUUUUUUCGUAUUUUAGAGCAAUUUUAGGAGCUGAAACAGAAUGCCAAUUUUGGCGGGAAAAUGUAAAUUUAAAUUUUUUCGCUAUUUUUCGACGAAAUAAAAGCUUCUGACGUUUCAGUUUUACGUAUUUUACCCUUUCCAAUAUGAAAACUGGUCUUGCAACACAAUGCCAAGUUUGGCGGGAAAAUAGAAAUUUGAAUUUUUUUUAAAAUUUUUGUCAAAAUAUAAGGUUUUCGUGUUGCAACUCUGCGUAUUUUACCAUUUCCAAUAUGAAAACUGGUCUUGCAACACAAUGCCAAAGUUGGCGGCAAAACAAAAAUUUGAAUUUUAUCGACGCAAAAUUACUUUUCAUGACAAAGACUGCUAUUUUACGCAUUUUUAAUCCACAUUUUUUCCAGUGUCGUGCCUCAGGCGGCUUCAAAUCGCAGAAAGCCCAACGUUCCGUGAUCCGCAUGUUGGUCACCGUGACGGCCCUCUUCUUCGUCUGUUAUCUACCCUAUCACAUUGAACGGCUGCUCGCCCAUCACUGGCGCUCCGAAUGCACAAUCUGCGCCUUUUUGUAUCCCCUGAGCGGAGUAUUGCAGUACGUUAGCGCGGCGGUAAACCCGCUGAUCUACAACGUGAUGUCGCAUCGAUUCCGCAAGGCGUUCAAGGAGUUUUGCGUGCGAAAGUUCGUCAAAACCGACAGCUACAAGAAGGCUUCUAUAUGUUCGAUGCCUUUGAACACCAAAUUGUGA